AUGAAGACAUAAAUAAUUAAAAAUCUCAUUGAAGCCCAAUUUUUAUAAUAUGAAACAAUUCGCGAACUACAAUAUAAACGACAUUAAAAAUGUUUUGCAAUGAGUAGCUGUAAGUGAGACAGUUUGAUUUAAAUCAACAAAUAAAGCAACGAUUUCAGUAGAAAAAUGGUUAUAUAAAAGGCCAAGUCUACUUACGAAAUAAUACAAUAUCACAAAGUGCAACAAUCUCCAUUUUUCUGGUCGACACUACCAACAAUGGUAACUUGCAAAACCGUGGACACAACACCCGUAUCAAAAAUGAAUGCAACACACUCACGCAAGCCUCUAAGCGCUAACUCUUCCGGUUUCCGGCUCUUGGACAACGAUCAUUUGGAAGCAGAUUCAAGUGUUAGCAAAAAUUCUGUUUACAAAUUGAAAAUCGACCUGAUGUUUGAUGACACAAGAUCUGUCCGCAACAACAGACUUGACGACACUAGAGGAUCUCAUCGAACUCGUUCUAUAAUAAUGUAUGGCCGUAGUGAGCUCGCUAGUACAGGUCAAAGUGGUCGAUCUAUAACUAGUUUGCUGCAGGAGUCUACUGAAACAACAAGAAAGAAAACAGUUUCCACAAAAAAAGAUGUACAACGUAUUAGCAACAGUGUCCAGGAACAAAUUGAGCAACUAUUCACGGACGUAGCCAAGGAUGCCACAAGCAGUUUUUCAGUUAUAUACUUAGGAUCACUACCCCUAAAAGACAAAGUGACCAGCCUUCAGGGAUUGCAAGCACCUCUCCGUGCUCUGUAUUUGAAGGAGUUGAAUACCCAGAAAAAUUGCUCAGGAUUCUUGGACAUUUGUACUACGGGAUUACGCGUCAAGAUAAACGCAAAUUGUAAUGCAAGCAAUCAAAGUGACGAAAAUAUAACACCAUUUCACAAUAUAGCUGUUUGGUCAGCAGUAAAGUUUGUAAUCUCGGACACUGACGGCGGCGCGGCAUUUUUACCUUUGAUCACAGAUCCUGAGAAUAUUGAUAAAGCUUCAUUAUUCAGUCCUCUAGGUGAAUAUGAGAAAAAUCAAAUGCCAAGUAGUGGACACGCUCCAAUUUUUGCUGUGGUUAUGCGAUCUCCAGGUUUGGCAAAAAUUCUGAAAUGUCAUGCUUUUAUUUGUAAAAGUACUGAAGAUGCAAUCGUUAUUGCUGCUACAUUAUACCAGAGCUUAAUGGCACAUGUGAAUUCCAGUUCACAACGCAGCACAAAAAGGCGUACCCCACGUAAUCAGAAUGGCGUCAGCUGUAUAAGUAUUGCUAGCAGUUCGGUUCGAACUGGUUCAAACUACUUAUCCCAGUAUCAUGCCCUGUCUAGUGAUCGCAAGAGUUCUAUACGUAGUUCAGAAGGAAGCGUUGGGGUUGAUGUAGUAACCCCUCCCCGAGUGGGUCGAAAAAAACGGAAUUCAAAUAACGCCCUCAAUUCUAACAGUAAUAUCAUUAACGAGGCAGAAACGACAACGGAGGAACGAAAACGCAAGUCUCAUAAGAGCAAACGUGCUCCACCUAUUCCAAAUGAUAUCCAUUCUGAUGAUUCCGUACGAAACCACAGUAUUCCAAAUGGCAUUGGACUUAUAGAUAUACAUUGUGAUGAUUGUGGUGGUAAUAACGCCAUCAAAAGGGGUUUGCAAAGUAGAAAGACGAAAGAUAAUGUUUACAAAGCUUCAGAAAUUUUAGUUGGCAGUCACUUGCCCAUUACCGAACCCUUGGGAGGUAACUCCAGUGGUGGGCUGCGAAACGAAUUUACUGGAGAUAUUUUGACUCGCGUAGCAAUACCUCGAUCCGGUAGCUUCCUAAAUACGGGAGGGCUUACGCGGUAUAAAUCAAGAGCAGCGCGACGUCAUUCUGGAAAAUUAGGCGGAGGUGGUGGUUCACCACUUGGUUUCAGCGAACUGUUCAAUGAAUUCCGUUUGCAUGAAAAUCUUCAUUCAUUGGAUGAAAUUCUCUAUGCCAUAAUUGACGCUGAUGGAAUGUCUUUCAACGAUCUUAAACCAAUUUACAAGGAAUUCCUUCUCAAGUUGGCAGUGACACUAACGAAAGACGAACUUUUCCAACGAUCAAAGAAUAUUAUGCGUCGACAAAGAAAAAAGAAAUUGAAACGUCGAAAUACUGUUCCAGCAACCCAGAAAAAGUCCAAAACUUUAUUAUUUGGCACGAAGAGCUUGAAAAAGGUACUGCACUUGAGCCAAUUUAGAUCAUGUCGUGGUAAACCCCAGAUGAAACUAUCCCGAAAUAAAAAAGACGAAGGCAGAGAUCAAAACAUAAACGAAAGUCUGAAAAAUCAACCAUCAGUUAUGGGGCGUUUGACUCAUCAGCAGCGAUCGCGUGUGGCAACCAGUGGGUCGGAUGUAUCGGUGGUGCGUAAAGAUGCAAUUCAUGGUUUGAACAGAAACAGCAGCAGCGGCUACGUCUCUUGUUCCGAGUGCAGCUAUGAUUCAGAAUCAUGUACGUGUACUUCAGCGGAUAGAUGCUAUUGCAGUCUACGAACAGAUCACGUUAACAGCAGAUUACGGCGCAAACCUGAUCGUCCCGUGGCAAUCCCGAAAAGUCUGACUAAUAUCAGUAGGCGAAACACAAAUAAUACUUCCGGUAGCAAUAUAAAUCGAGAUUCGCUGAUAUCGUGCAAAUCGGAUGAAAAAUGUUAUUGUUCCAUGGUUGAAGAAGAAGCGGCUUUACCUGGUAGUGAUUUUGCCAAUACACAUUCGGACACUACAUGGUGUGACACGGAUAGCUGCAUCAGUACUAGCAAAUGCUACUGUAAACAUGAUCGCCGGGCGGGGUCUAUGCGAAGCCAAGGAGAAGGUACUCAGCCGAGACUGAAAAGUUCAACUGCCGCGGAAAAGCUAGCCUUAGAUUAUGAGCUUUUUACCAUCAAUGGUAAUGGAAAAUCUGUGAAAGAGCACGAAGCCUUAAGUGUUAAAAAAAGCGUUGAAGUAGCGGCUGUUUUUGCGGAUAUGAAGCUGAGUCAAACAACCGACAUCAAAAGCAUUUGCUCUACACCCUCAAAUAAAUCGAAGGCAAACUUAUCUGUGAGAAGCGCUCGAAGUGUGGAAACGAAAAAAUAUGCACAAUCGUUAAUAAAAAGGGACUCAUCCAGCAUCGAUCGGCGAAGCAAGGAUCACGGUGCGGGUACAUUAUCAACAAGCUCCUCACAAAAGUCGCAUAGCGCUGAUGAUUUGCUAGGGAAAUUGGGAGGAAUGGACAAGAAAUUGAAGUCGGGGUCAGUAAGGAGUAAUCUUACUAAUGGGCAAAGAAAGCUGGAAGAAUUUGAAAAACGAGGAAGUUUUCAAAGUAGUUAUCAGUCAAUGCGCGCUGUGAAUACUUCUUUAGAAGACACCUUGGGAUAUUUGCCAUAAAAGAAAGUUUUUUAUACUCAAUUAGACUUAGGCUAUUUUAUGCACAGAUAAUUAAAUUUAGUAUUUCUAAACAUAUAUGUAUUUAUGUAUUCAUGAGAAUAACAUUUUCGAACAACCGAAAUGUAAAUAUGUAGCUAUCGUUACUAGAAAAUGUAAAAGGUUACGAUCAUUUUUCAAUAGAAAAAUAUCAAAACUACAUAGCUACGUACAUACAUACAUACCUAUAUAUAUAUAUAUAAUUGAAGGUACUUCUUCAGGAUCUAGCCAGCGUAGCCGCUGUCUUUUCAUUCGUUUAACUAUAUCAAUGGCUCUGUUUAUGUCGUACAGCUCUUUCAUUAUUUUAUUGUUCCUUUACUUUUAAAUUAUUUACUAAUUCGAAGAAGUAACUGUUGGCAGGAGAUAUUAUUACCGUUUAUGUUGGUCGGUAUGUACGAGAUGAUUAACGAAAAUUCAGAAAUUCGUGUUUCGUUGUAAUAUACAGUCUAUACUAAUAUUCAGUGAAUGGCAAAUUAUAUAUGGAAUGAUUGCCCCGUAAAGACUAUUUAUAAGUGGUCCCGAAGCUUCCAGACCGGACAUCCACUGAUUACGUCACUGUAGCUCUGCUGAAAUCCAAAAUUCAGGAACGACCCACGAUUGACGCAAUCAAUUAUUGCUAAUGAAUUUAGCUUGAAUGCCAUAGCUGUAUCGUAAUGGUCACCACGAAUUUUAAUGAGCCCAAAAAGAGGAUCGAGUGCAUUUUGCUAUAUUUUCCUUAACAAAUUCGAGAAUGCUCAGUCUAGCAACUUUAGUAAACUGGUUACUGGUGACGAAUCCAGAAAGCACACCCACCCGUAAGCAACCGUAUCUAAGCUACAAAAAAACAGCAACGAAAGUAAUGAUAACAGUUUAAUUCACCCAAUCAAAAAUCGUAGCUGCUAUUCCAAAAAAGGGUAAACCGUAACUGCAAAAUGGUACAGCGAAGAGUGAU